UGCCGUGAAACAAUAGUAGUGAAGUUAAAAGUUUUUUUUGUUACCGGCAUCUUUGACAUUUUGACUGUCACUGGCCAGUUUGACGUAAGAAGGGACGAACGAAUGUAAACAAAAACAACUUACUGCAAAACAGCUGCACAUCGGAAAUUAAAAAUUACAAAAAAAUUAGAAUGGCUCCCAUGACGAUUGUCCGUAUAUUUAGCUUGUCGAACACAAAACCCUUGUACUCUAUAAGUAAGGUUCUGUCGUGUGCAAAUUACAGCACUUCAAGCAAAAAAGGGAAAAUCUACAGCGAUGUCAACGAAGCCGUAAAGGACAUUAAAGACGGGUCUAAACUUCUGGUCGGCGGUUUCGGGUUGUGCGGCAUACCGGAAAAUCUUAUUCAAGCCUUAAAUAAUCAAAAAGUCAGUGGGUUGACUGUUGUUUCCAACAAUGCAGGAGUGGAGAACUUUGGCCUGGGUAUAUUGCUCAAGAGCAAACAAAUCAAAAGGAUGAUUGCAUCUUAUGUUGGAGAGAAUGCUGAAUUUGAAAGGCAGUUCCUGACUGGAGAGUUGGAAGUUGAGCUGACUCCACAAGGCACCUUAGCAGAGAGGAUCAGAGCGGGAGGGGCAGGUAUUCCUGCUUUCUUCACCCCCACUGGCUAUGGUACUCUUAUUCAAGAGGGUGGUUCGCCUAUCAAAUACACCAAGGAUGGCAAGAUCGACAUCCCAAGCGCCUCCCGGCUCGUCCAACAAUUCAACGGCCACAACUACAUAAUGGAGAAAGCCAUCGUCGGAGACUUCGCCCUGGUCAAAGCCUGGAAAGCAGACAGACAUGGCAACUUGAUCUUCAGGAAGAGCGCCCGCAACUUCAACCCGGCUAUGUGCAGAGCGGCGAGGAUCACUAUAGCUGAAGUUGAGGAAAUUGUUGAUGAACUCGACCCAGAUUAUGUACAUGUGCCGUCAAUAUUUGUACAUAGGGUUAUCAAGGGUGAAAAGUAUGAGAAGCGAAUUGAGAGGAGGAUCGUUCAGAAGACGGGAGAUCAGAAAGAGAAGAAACCGGCAGAUCUGAUGCGUGAGAGGAUCAUUAGAAGGGCCGCUUUGGAAUUUAAGGAUGGCAUGCAUGCAAAUCUUGGAAUAGGUAUGCCCAUGCUGGCCAGUAACUUCAUUCCCAAGAACGUCAAAGUGCUGCUGCAAUCCGAAAAUGGUAUACUUGGCUUAGGACCUGCUCCAACUGAGGACCAAGUGGAUGCAGACCUCAUCAAUGCUGGAAAGGAAACUGUCACCAUACUUCCAGGAGCAUCGUUCUUCUCGUCCGAUGAUAGUUUCGCAAUGAUUCGCGGCGGCCACAUCGACUUGACCAUUUUGGGCGCCAUGCAAAUCUCACAGUACGGCGACUUGGCCAACUGGAUGAUUCCUGGCAAAAUGGUAAAAGGGAUGGGCGGAGCCAUGGACCUGGUGUCUGCGCCGCGCACCAAGGUGGUGAUCACCAUGGAACACACCACCAAGGGCGGCGGCCACCGCAUCCUGCCCCGGUGCGAGCUGCCUCUCACCGGCAAGAACUGCGUUGACAUGAUCAUCACUGAAAAGGCGGUCUUCGAUGUAGACAAGGAGAGGGGUCUGACACUAACCGAGCUGGCUGAAGGAGUGACGGUGGAAGACGUGAUCGUGGCCACGGGGUGCGAGUUCCAAGUCUCCAAGGACCUGAAGAAGAUGGGAGAUGUCUUGGAAAUAGACUAAGCGAAGCAAAUUCUUUAUUCGCCGGCGAGGGUUUUUAU